AUGUUUAUUAAAACAUUUCAGAAUCCAUUUGUUGAGCGUGCAAUAGAAACAAUUUACAAUUCAGGCAAUUUUACACUAGGAAUAUUAACAAACAAUGGGUUUUGGCGUAAAGAACAAACAACUUUUAUUAUUGAACCCGACCCCAGAUUUAAUUUUGUCAUAGAAUCUUGCCGUGUUGGGCACCGAAAACCUGAUGCUUCUUUCUUUGAGAUUGCUUUAAAACAAAUGAAUCUGUUAGCUAGUGAAUGUGUAUUUAUUGAUGAUUUGGAGAAAAAUUGUUUAGGAGCUGAAGCUGUUGGAAUGACAAGCAUUUGGCUUAAAGACGGCAAUUCGAUGGAAGCAAUAGAAGAAUUGGAAAAAAUUUUGAAUUUUAAAAUACUUUGAUAAACUCUGAUUUAUAAAAUUUAUUUUAUUUCUAUAC